AUGGCCUGCUGUUCCACUAGCUUCUGUGGAUUUCCCAUCUGUUCCACUGCUGGGACCUGUGGCUCCAGCUGCUGCCGAUCAACCUGCAGUCAGACCAGCUGCUGCCAGCCAACUUCCAUACAGACCAGCUGCUGCCAGCCAACCUGCCUCCAGACCAGUGGCUGUGAGACCGGCUGUGGCAUUGGUGGCAGCAUUGGCUAUGGCCAGGUGGGUAGCAGUGGAGCUGUGAGCAGCCGCACCAGGUGGUGCCGCCCUGACUGCCGCGUAGAGGGCACCAGCCUGCCUCCCUGCUGUGUGGUGAGCUGCACAUCCCCGUCCUGCUGCCAGCUGUACUAUGCCCAGGCCUCCUGCUGCCGCCCAUCCUACUGUGGACAGUCCUGCUGCCGCCCAGCCUGCUGCUGCCAGCCCACCUGCAUUGAGCCCAUCUGUGAGCCCACCUGCUCCCAACCCAUCUGUUAA